AGUUGAGAGUCAGCUAUUUGUCUUGUGUGUGGGAGAAGGAGAUGAGGGUGCCUCAUUAGUUCCUUAGAGACGUGCAAAAAGUGGCAGCCAGGGGAUUCUGGGAGACGUAUGCCAGGUCAGAGCAGUACUCACACACCACACGUGCAUCCAAAUGCCAUACACCCCAGGAGCCCCUGAGGGGAACAUGGAUAGUCAAAGAAUUCUUGUCACCAUUUCCCUGGUGAUGGCACUUUCUGCCUCCUGUAACCUGGCCCAAAACACAGGAACUAAUUCCACUACUACUUCCCCUGGCACUCAUACUACCACAAAACCUCUCUUUACUGACCACAGGAAUGAAAAAUAUACCAUUGGCAAGAGUGUUAAUCUCACAUGUACAAAUAAGACAUGGACCGAGAUGUUCUACACCACCUGGAGGAUCCCUAGAAAUGGAAACCACUGCACAAUAGCAGCUAGCACAGACAAACCUCCUCAUGACACGUGUUUGGAUGGAAAAGUCAUGCGCAACACAUCUAAUGGGGAAUCCUACUUGCACAUUCCUAUUUUUAAAGUCACAGAUAUAGGAAUUUAUAGGUGUGAAACUGCAUUUCAAGGUGCAAGUCUCAUAGCAGAAAUCACUGUAUCUGCCAUAGUUUCCCCACAGAUAUUCACCAGACUGGUUAUCAUCAGGGAUGGUAAGAGAGAGGCUGUCUGUUCAGCUAUUGGUGGUAAACCAGCUGCCUCCAUCUCCUGGAGAAACGCGUGGAACUCCAGUGUGACUCAGACUUCCAAAAAUAAUACAGACGGCUCCUUCACUGUGGAGAGCAGACUGAUCCUCCCUGACCAUGUUCCUGCUGACAACCUGAGCUGCAUCAUCACCCACCCCAGCUGGACAGAGGGUCACACUGAACGGAUUCUAGCAUUAAACCAUGAAGAAGACUUCAAAUGGUUUUGGAUAAUAAUUCCAUUGGGGUCCAUCAGUUUCAUAGCAGCCAUUCUGACUGGAUUUUACAUCACAAGAAAGCAUCUCGCUAAACUGAGAAAUUGCUGGAAAUCCAAUAUUCCUGCUCCUCCUCCACCCAAAACACCACAGGCACAGGAUGUGGAGGAGGUUGAGCCCUACGCCAGCUACGUACAGCGCAUCAACUCCAUUUACAACUCCUCAGCUGAACUCUGCAACGCCUAGAGCUGACUUUCGGGAACCCACGCCACGAGCACGGUCCGCACCGACAGACACCUACCGCAAAAAGACAGAAAGGGAAACAGAGGAGGGGGGAGUGGGUUGAGAACUUGGAGGUUACAGAAACCCAGGAGACAGUAACUGCGGCAAGA